UGGCACUUUGGACAGUCUAUGUAAGGAUUUCGAGGUCACGUGACUCGCGUGUCUCCAACCUGCACUCUCCCAGCUAGCUGUCAGCGCUCGCUCACAAUAACGUAAAGGAUGGCGGGGGAUCCUAUGUCAUGUGACUGCUUUGUUUCCUUGCCACCUGGCUCCCGUAAUGACCAAGUCAUUUUUGGUAAGAACUCUGACCGUCCUCGGGAUGAGGUGCAGGAGGUCGUCCACUACCCUGCAGCGUCCCACAGGCCAGGCACCUUACUAGAGUGUACCUACAUCCAGAUCCCUCAGGUGGAGCAUACCCAUGCUGUCGUCCUCAGUAAACCAGCGUGGAUGUGGGGGGCUGAAAUGGGAGCCAAUGACCAAGGAGUGUGUAUUGGGAAUGAGGCGGUCUGGACUCGGGAGGACGUUGCUCCUGGAGAGGCUUUAUUAGGCAUGGAUCUGUUAAGGCUGGGACUUGAGCGUGGUGGUAGUGCCUGGGCGGCGCUCACUGCCAUCACUGACUUGCUGGAGCAGCAUGGUCAAGGAGGUCCGUGCAGGGAGGAUCCAAAACCCUUUAGCUAUCACAACACCUUCCUUCUGGUGGACCGGAAAGAGGCCUGGGUGCUGGAAACUGCUGGAAGACUGUGGGUCGCCCAGAAAAUCUCAGAGGGCGUCAAGAACAUCUCUAAUCAGUUGACCAUUAGCACUGAGAUCUCAGCUGAGCAUCCGGAGCUGCGGAGCGUGGCCCAGAUUCAAGGCUGGUGGGACGGUGAGGUGGAGUUUAACUUCUCUCAAGUGUUCAGCCCUGAAAAGCCACCCGCCAGGAUGGAGAUAGCCAAACAGCGCUACAAGGGGGGCACACAGCUCCUGCAAGAACAUGAUGGUACCAUGACAGCAGAGAAGAUGAUUUCAAUUCUAAGAGACAAGCCCAGCGGCAUCUGCAUGGACUCUGAAGGUUUCUGCACCACAGGCAGCAUGGUCUCCAUACUACCCAGAGAUUCCAGCCUGCCCUGCAUCCACUUCUUCACUGCUACCCCAGACCCUUCUAGGUCUGUAUUCAAGCCUUACAUCUUUUCUGACGAUUACAUCCCAGUGCUCAGGGUGGUCUCCCCAGAGUUUGGCCCUGACGAUCCUGUAAAGAAGGAACCACGUUUUCAGGGCCAAGUGGACCGCAGACAUGACCUGUAUAAAGCCCAUCAGGAGGCACUGUACACCAUGAAGAGUGAUCCGGAGGUGUGCCCAGGUCCAGCUCUGCAGUCGUGUGGCCCUUGGCCGAGUGAUUGAGGGGAGGUACCUACCUGCAGUCCUCCUCAAUCAGAUCGAAAUGAUGACAGCUGUGUCUAAUCACCAAAGGAGGACACCUGGGUUCUGAUCAGCCUGGGCCAUAAAUGCAGCAGCUUGAACCUAAGCUCAGGGGAGUGUGCACCGCCCGACAGCGUCCCAUGCAGAGGUAGAGUACCUCUGCAUGGGACGCUGUCGGGUGUCGGUACUCUACCCAUGCAGACGUACAGUGCCUCUGCAUGGGAAGCUGUCGGGCGGUGCACACUCCACUUUCUUUCUAACAAAAUGCUUGAUGUAUAUGUUGCAUAGACUCAUUGAUCCUUUGUCUGUUGUCAGACAACCAGUGUUGGACAAUAACUAGUGUGAUGAAAGGAAUGAUAAACAGUACCCCAACCGGGAGGAUGUUUUAAGUUGACUACAUUUAUUCCCCCUCCCCCGCCUUUGUUAAAUAAACCCUGUUUUCUUGAGAACAGAA